AUGCGUUUCACAUCAAUCCUCGCUGCCGGCGCUUUCGCCACCAUGGCCGCUGCCCAGAGCAAGACCGUCUCCCUCGACCCUGCUCAGCAGUCUCAGGCCGACUGCCUCUCCGACUGUGAGCCUGGCGAUGUCAAGUGCCAGUCUUACUGCAUCACUGUUCCCUCUCCUGACGAGAAGAACAUCGAGGAAACCACCAAGUGUGUUGCCGCCUGCCCCAAGGGCAAGGGCUCCGAGGCCGACACUGAGAAGUACACCGUUUGCAUGAACGAGUGUAUCGCCGACAACUACUGGAAGUCCGUUGAUGGUACCCCCCGUGGCACCGACGUCCCCGAUGUCAAGAGCAAGGCCUCCGAGGCUGCCUCCUCCGCUGCUGAGAAGGCCACCGCCACCGGUACUGCUGCUGAGUCUGAUGCUACCGCCACUGGUGCCUCCGCUACUGAGUCCGAGUCCGGCUCCGACUCCAGCUCCGAGGAGACCGGCUCUGCCUCUGGCACUGCCACUGGUACCGCUGCUGAGGUCUCCGAGACUGGUAACGCCGCCUCUUCCCUCGUUGGUGGUGUCUCCUUCCUCGGUCUCGUUGCCGCUAUCUUCGCUCUGUAA